UUUACAAAAACACCACUCGCUUUGUCUUCCUCUGUCUGCAGAGAGUGAGGUUUUCAUUUUAAGAGGCUGACUAAAAAAUGCAGGGCCACUUCCUGGGCAGGCUUCCAAGUGACUACAUCUUUCUCAGAGCGUUCCCCAGAGCCCCAGCCCAAGCUGCCUGGGGCGGGGCCUGCAGCCAUUGGUGGUUGGUGAAGCUACCACAGUAACAGUUAUCUGCAGCCCGCCAGAAUUGCUGUGCUUUUAGGCCCUCCCAGAGUCCAGAUAACGACCUUGCCCUCUGCGCUGAAGACACGUCAGAGUUUGUGAUUGGCCAGGCUGGUGUGUGUGAAAUACAGGAGAUGUCGUGCCACACUUCCGAGUAUGACGUUCCUUUCAGCCCAGUACCCCAGGUGUGGACCCUGACUGCACCUGCCCCAUUUGCAGAUGAAACCAGCUGCCAGUGCCAAGCACCCCAUGAGAAACUGACCAUUGCUCAGGCUCGCUUGGGAACACCAGUUGACAGGCCUGUCAGAGUGUAUGCAGAUGGAAUAUUUGACCUCUUUCAUUCAGGUCAUGCAAGGGCACUUAUGCAAGCAAAAACACUGUUUCCCAACAGCUACUUGUUGGUAGGAGUUUGCAGCGAUGAUCUCACCCACAAAUUCAAAGGUUUUACUGUGAUGAAUGAAGCAGAGAGAUAUGAAGCUCUAAGACACUGUCGCUAUGUGGAUGAAGUCAUCAGAGAUGCUCCAUGGACUCUCACGCCAGAGUUUCUGGAAAAGCACAAGAUUGACUUUGUGGCUCAUGAUGACAUUCCGUACUCUUCUGCUGGCUCUGAUGAUGUUUACAAGCAUAUAAAGGAAGCAGGAAUGUUUGUUCCAACGCAAAGAACGGAAGGCAUCUCCACAUCGGAUAUCAUCACUAGAAUCGUCCGUGACUAUGAUGUCUAUGCCCGACGCAACCUCCAGAGAGGGUACACGGCCAAGGAACUGAAUGUCAGCUUUAUAAAUGAAAAGAAGUACCGUUUCCAGAACCAAGUGGACAAGAUGAAAGAAAAGGUCAAGAACGUGGAGGAAAGGUCAAAGGAAUUUGUUAACCGAGUGGAAGAAAAGAGCCAUGAUCUAAUUCAAAAGUGGGAAGAGAAGUCAAGGGAAUUCAUUGGCAACUUCCUAGAAUUGUUUGGACCUGAUGGAGCAUGGAAACAGAUGUUCCAGGAGAGGAGUAGCCGGAUGCUACAGGCCUUAUCCCCGAAGCAGAGUCCUGUGAGCAGCCCAACCAGGAGCCGGUCCCCUUCCCGCUCCCCAUCACCCACCUUCUCAUGGCUGCCAAGCAAAACCUCACCCCCAUCCUCGCCCAAAGCUGCCUCAGCCUCCAUCAGCAGCAUGAGUGAGGGGGAUGAGGAUGAGAAGUAAAGGUGGCUGUCAGGCAAGAGCCACACCACGCAGGAUGGGGAGGGGGGGUUCUGGGGAUGCCUGGGUGGUGUCUGAAGGGGAAGAGUCACAGGAGUUGCUGCUCAGCGGGGAGACCCUGAGCUCUGCUAAGGGAAGGUCUUAGGACCAGUUCUCCCCUCAUUCUCCACACAGCCCAGCAUGGACUGAGCAUGGAGGUUUCCAAAUGGACAAACUAUACAAUCUUCUUAGCAUCAUUUAGAACCACUCUACUUUAACCUUGCUAAGAAAAGGUGCAGAGCACCUCAGAGGGUCUUGCACUGAGUGAGGUGACUUCUGCUUUGGUCUGUACACCCUUCCCCAUCAAGUAAACCACUUGUGAACGCGGCUGUUCCCUCAACCCGCUAUUUCUGGCUCUAAAAGAGCCCUGCACGUUGCCUCCUACCACCCAACCUCUGCCAGAAUCAAUUCAUUUCCAAAAGAGGUGGCAAAAUACUUCUACAAUAAUUGUUAUAAGACAAAUUCCACUCUUCUCCAUCCAGCCACUAAGACUUGAUGGUGCAACUCAACAAUUCAUUGCAAUUGCAAGACCAUGGCCCAGAGACAAAGCCUGGCUUUGGUCCAGUUGUAAAAGGUGAUCUAGUGUGAACCUUAACUUCCAUUCAAAGAACAGUUGUGUUAAGGAGAACUCCAUAAGGCUUACUGUGGUCCAGCUGUACUUUCUCAUCAUUGGUUUGACUUCAUUGUUUUCCAGAAAUUACCUUAACCGAUGGUAACUGCAACAAGGAAAAGCAUCCUGUAUGAAAAAAAGGAGCUGCUUUGGCAUUGACUCCAAAUUUGGCAGAUAAGAAAUGUCUCCUGAAGCUUCUGUUUAGAGGAUACUAUUAUGGAAUGGGCUUUCCCAUUUCUGACCAGUUAACAAUUUCAUAGACUUCAAGUAACAGUUUGAUGUACCAAACACAUAGUAUACUGAUAGGGGUGCUACCUGCACGUAUCUGUUCUAUGUAUGCUCCAAAUAUGCUACCCCAGGGUGUAUAUCAUAUGCAAUAUGAAUAUGUGGUGAUAACAUUUUCCAUUAUACUCCUCUCCUGCUGAAUACCCGGCUGAAAUUCUUGAUCUAAAGAACCAUUUGGUUCCCUUGUGACUUGGGCAGUUUUAUCAAAAGCCCCAUGUCAGCUUCCCAUAGAAAUGUUUUGUCCCAGCCAGGAAAUUACUGUUGUUCCCAUGGCCUCCCAUAUUUUUGGGUGAAGAAAGGCUCUGAAAAGUUUUGCCGAGAGCUGUGGGCUUAGUUCUUUGAACGGUUUAGGUAAUGCUGUAGUUAGCUCUGGCACCUAGGUUUUCUAAACAGGAUGAAGACUUUUAGAGUCCUCCUGAGCUGUCUGAAGUUACUGCUCCCUAAUCAUAUGUUGGAAAUGAGCAAGUAAAGUCACGGUUUAGAACCCAACUCUUGCGCAGAUGCAAAUAUUGCCUGGUCAUCCUGGUAAAGUCAGACAGAGCUGGGACCUGAUUGAGCAGAGGCCUCAACUACCAACUUGUGGGCAGAUCUCAGCACCUCUUGUAACAAAAGAACCCCUUUUCAGAGGCCUUGGGAAUCAGCUUUCUGGGGGCAACCAUUGAAGGAAGGUGGUAUGUCUUUCCCUUUUAUGUUUGGGUUGAACUACCUCCCUACCCACCUGGAGACAAGGGGUGUUUAUUAGAAAGCAAAAUUAUGAGGCUAAACUGGCUUGGGACCCCCUUGUUCCUGGUACUUUCUCCAGAAUUCUGAAAAGCACUUGUAAAGGACAGAGGGCUAGCAGGAAGAUGGCCGGCGAGAAAGAAAAUUCCUUUUUCAGUUAAGGUCCUCCAUUUUCACAACAUUUUACAGAAAGGCAAGGGCUGCAUUCUUCCAUACUGCCUUCCACUGAGCACCAAGGACAAACAGGGCAUGUGUACUGGCUACAUCAGUCAUUUGAUGCCUGUAGCAGUGAGAGAACACAGUGACAAGCCUGGCAAGGGAAAGUGGUAAGAACAAGGGAAGAGAAAAGGAGAGAAGAGGCUCCUGGAGAGAGGGAAGGAGGAUAAAAAAAUCUGCUCUAUUAAGCCAUUUCAAGACCUCAAUCUGUAGGUGAAACUUUCUUGGGGAAGCCAUUUAGUGCUCUCAUUUCACAGCCCGGGGAAGAUCGAUCCCCUUUGACCAGAGUCCUGCUCUAAACUCUGGGAUUGAUGUAUCAGGCUCACUAUAAAUUUGCAGACCAUGCACACCAUUCUGACAAGUGCCAUGUAUGUGACUCAUCAGACAGUGCCACCAUAACUGCCAAUUGUGGGAAAUAAUCAAUGCCUGGGUUACUCCAGAAUGGGCCAAAAUAACCCUUUAGUGGGUUCUAAAUCUCUUCUCCCUAACCUGCAGUAAAACUUUUCCACCUUCUUGAGGACACACUUCUCUUGAGAAGGAACAGGGAGGAUUCUGUAACCCAGCCUUUGAUACUUCUUGGACAUGUUUCAGUCUUUCCCAGCCCCUGCUGCCUAUGGUCCUUGCAUCCAGGAGGAGUUGGGCAAGCUUGGGCUUUGGGCUAUCCAGUCAAUGUUGUGGCCAAGAGCAAGUUAAGAAAUAAGAAAUAGGGACUGUGUGUUACAAUCUUGGAGAGGUAAGCAGAAGUGACAGAAAGCAAGGGAAGAGACGCCUUUUGCUUUAGAAAUAGGAGGCCUCAGAGUAAGGAGGGCUAGUGGGUAGCACCUUAGGAUCGUGGAGGAGGCAGGAAAACAGGGCAAAAUGGGGGGAUAAGCGUAUGUUUGUUUUCUACUCCCUUUCAAGGGUUAACUUAGGCCCUAGCAGGUGAAGGAGAAGAGUUGCAUUAUAGUACACACUUCCAAGAUGAGUUGAUUUCCAUACAACAGGUACAGUCCUUGCCUCUCCUUUCAGCUCUUCCACAGCCUCCUGACGGGGACCCUGGAAUUAAGUGUUCACUUCCUCCUCCAAGCUAAGCAACCGAGGGUAGGAUUGUAACACAUAGUCACAUUGAAUAGCCUGUUUCUGGCAAGCUCCUGGGUGCCAGGUCCUUACAAAGACAAAGGCAAGGCAGCCCCACAAGGAGCAAGACACAGACAUCGUGGAAGAGCCACUGCUGUGGGGUUUCAGUCUUGCUCUGUGUCUUAGGCUACUAGAUGCUGAUUUCGUCCUUUGAGGGAGGGAUAGGAAGAGCGCAGAUUUAUUUCCUCUCCAUCUUCAGAACUUAUUUUAGCACCCAGCCAUACCCCAGGGAGAGACGUGAUGUGACGUCACUGGCUCGGCUGAAUCAGAUGAGCCCCUGUCUAGCAGAGAUGCGCUGGUGUCCAGGCAUCCAAUCCACACUAGUCCAGGCCAUCUGAAUUUUAAAAAAGAAACAGCUCAUGAGACAUAUAUGCAACUUCUCUUCCUCUUGUGACUCCUCUCUAGUUUCUCCGUGUGUGCGUGUGUGUGUGUGUGUGUGUGUGUGUGUGUGUGUUUGUGUGUGUCACUGCAAUGUGUCCGGGGACAAAGCCAUAAGAAAAGCAUACAUACUUAAGACUGCUGUACAUA